AUGCAGGAAUACAAAUUGGUUGUUUUAGGCAGUGGUGGCGUCGGGAAAAGUGCUCUAACUGUGCAGUUCGUGCAAGGAAUAUUUGUUGAAAAAUAUGAUCCUACCAUUGAGGAUAGUUAUCGAAAACAAACGGAAGUCGAUGGCAAACAAUGUAUGUUGGAAAUCUUGGAUACUGCAGGCACGGAACAAUUCACCGCUAUGCGUGAUUUGUAUAUGAAAAAUGGCCAGGGUUUUGUCCUGUGCUAUUCCAUCACCGCCCAAUCCACAUUCAACGACUUAGAAGAUCUGUACGAACAAAUCCUACGUGUGAAAGACUCGCCAAACAUUCCGCUCAUUCUUGUGGGCAACAAAUGUGACUUGGAUGCCGAACGUGUGGUCGGUCGUGAACAGGGACAGAAUUUGGCUCGACGUUUCAAUUGUCCGUUUCUGGAAACCAGCGCAAAAGCCCGAGUCAAUGUGGAUGAAGUAAGCGGUCUCGUUCGCAUUGUUGUCUGCUACCGGUUGAUCUAUCACCCUGGUUUCUCAAACAGGCGUGUGUGUGCGUGUAUAUAUAUAUAUAUAUAA